CAGACACCUGCUAUGCAGUAAAAUUCACAUUCCAGAUCAGUAACAUCAGCAUGUCACAGAACCCUGAAUUAUGGAAUGAUACCUACAACCCAGUGGAGAGCAUCAUCAACAAUGCUUUAAACACACUUCUAAAUAAAGCUGGUGCAGAACCAUUCAACCCACAGAGUUCUUUCUUCACGAUAUCAGGAACCCAGGUUAUAGGAGACAUGUUAUACAACUGCCAAGUUGGAGACACUAAAACACCAGCAUCUUUCCUGAAUGAUAUUUCACCUGUAUUGGGGAAUGUUCUGAUAUAUAUUCGUCUAGUUUUUAAGAAUUUGACCAGAGUACCUAAUGAGGCUGAUGUUCUCAAUGCUGCUAAUGCUCUGCUGGAUGCAAAGAUCAGAAGAGCACGAGAUCUUGUAACACAAAAACUGAGUGAUCCUGUGAGCAUACAGGAUGUCAUCUAUCAGAAAAUUGACAACAACUCAUACAUUAUAAGCUUUGGAUUCCAAAUCAGCAAUGUGACAAUCUCCAAGGACACUCAGCUGAGGAAUGGAACAUAUUCUUUAAUCCAAAACACCAUCAACAGCUUGUUGAACAAUAUUCUGAAUGUCAAAAAUGCUCCUGUAUUUGUCUUCCCACAAGCAAACUACACAUUUAAUGGUACAGAAAUUGUGGCUAAUUCAGAAUACGUCUUUGUGGAAGGUGACACCAAGUGGACACCAAGUGGAUUUCUAUAUGCAGUACUCAACAUUAGCGGUCUAUCGACCCUCACUACUCCUGCUGCUCAAACAGACCCCCCUGUCCACGUAGUCCUGAGGCCCACAGUCCAAGCACAGAACACCACCACUGUUGGAAAUUCUGCAUGGAUCCUGGGCAUCAUUAUCCCCUGCAGUAUAGUCAUUAUUCUCAUACCCUGCUGGAUUCUACUCUGUUGUCUGCUCUGUGGCUGCUGUGCUGGUUUAAGGAGGCGCUACAACAGAAGACGGUCCUACAACGUCCAAUAUGCAACAAGAAAUGGACUCUUUUAAAAACAGAUUAUGUGUAAAAUAAUUUGUCUUUUAUCAUUGGAAUUUAUUUUACCAUAUAGUU